GGGUAAUUUAGAGAAGCAUAACAAAAGAAGUUAUCCAUAGAUAGAUUUUGUGAUUGUAAAUGUUCCUAUGUUUAUCAUCAUCUAUAUCAGAAAAAGGAUGAUAACCAAAAACUAUGAAUGAAACUUAGAUCAAAAUAGUUGCUAUGGUAGGAGUUUUGCAGUCUCAGCUCUUCAAUGUUAGAGUCCACACCUUAACUUCCAGAACAAAAUGCCUCAUUCCAAAUCCAAUAAUGCAUACAACUUCACGAGGCCUAAUUACAUGUUUUGAUGGUACUUCAAUCCAUCACAAAAUGCCUCAAGUUCCAAGUGAUUGCAGAAGUAUUACAAAGGUAUUUGGGCUGCGGCGAAGAAGGGCGAAUGAGAGGACUGAAACUUAUGUGCUGUUAGAACCAGGGCAGGAAGAGAAGUUUGUUUCUGAGGAAGAACUUAAGGUCAAGUUGAAAGGGUGGCUUGAAAAUUGGCCUGGCAAGUCUCUUCCUCCUGAUCUGGCGCGAUACGAGAACAUCGACGAUGCUGUUUCAUUUUUAAUAAGAUCUGUUUGUGAACUUCAGAUUCAUGGAGAUAUUGGCUCAAUUCAAUGGUACGAGGUUCGUUUGGAGUGAACAGAUAGAUGGUGUAAAAUCAUUCUCAUCAAAUAUAAAAAAUACAAUACUCUCUCUGUUACUUAAAUUUUGUAACGCAUUUAUUAAUUGUUGUAGUAAUUAAUAAAUAUUAAAUAAGAUAAAGUUUAGUUUUUUUUUA